AUGAGGAGAAUUUUCACAGAAAAAUCAUCUUCAUUUGUACUAGAAAAUGAUGAGAAACAAGCUGUUGAUGACUCAACAGGAGGACUUAAUUUUGGAACCCUGGGCUCUUCCACUGCUACAGCAACUACAUCAGCUCCUUCAGUGGGCUUUGGGAGUGGACUUUUUGGAUCAAAGCCAACCACUGGCUUUACACUAGGAAGCACCAGUACAGGAACAGCAACAACUAUUGCUACAGGACUGACACUAGGCACACCUGCCACCACAUCUGCAGCUACCACAGGCUUUAGUUUAGGUUUCAACAAACCUGCAGGUUCAGCCACACCAUUUGCUUUACCUGUUACUUCUACCUCAGCGAGUGGCCUAUCAUUGUCAUCUGCUCUUACAUCAACUCCUGCAGCAGGAACUACUGGCUUUACAUUAAAUUUGGGUGGUACAACUGCUCCAACUACAACUGCCUCCACAGGCCUUUCCUUAGGAGGAGCCUUAGCAGGUUUAGGAGGUUCACUCUUCCAGAAUACAAGCACGGCAGCAACAGGACUUGGGCAGAAUGCUUUGAGUUUGACUCUGGGGACAACUGCGGCUCCUUCGACUACUGCCAACGAAGGUCUUGGUGGUAUUGAUUUUAGUAGUUCAUCAGACAAAAAGAGUGACAAAACAGGAACAAGACCAGAAGAUAGCAAAGCACUAAAGGAUGAAAAUCUACCUCCAGUAAUCUGUCAAGAUGUAGAAAAUCUACAGAAAUUUGUGAAAGAACAAAAACAAGUUCAGGAAGAAAUUAGUAGAAUGUCCUCUAAAACAAUGCUUAAAGUACAAGAAGAUAUUAAAGCUUUGAAACAACUUCUGUCUGUAGUUGCCAGUGGAUUACAGAGAAACACUCUCAAUAUUGACAAGCUGAAAGUGGAAACUGCACAGGAGCUAAAGAACGCAGAAAUAGCAUUACGAACACAGAAAACUCCUCCUGGUCUCCAGCAUGAAAAUACAGCCCCAGCAGACUACUUCAGAAUCUUGGUUGAGCAGUUUGAAGUACAGCUGCAGCAAUACAGGCAACAAAUAGAAGAACUGGAAAAUCAUCUUGCUACUCAAGCAAAUAAUUCACACAUAACUCCACAAGAUUUGUCUAUGGCUAUGCAGAAAAUCUAUCAAACAUUUGUAGCUCUAGCUGCACAACUUCAAUCAAUACAUGAAAAUGUAAAGAUGCUCAAAGACCAAUACCUUGGCUACAGGAAAACCUUUCUGGGAGAUGCCAUGGAUGUGUUUGAGGCAAGACGAGCAGAAGCUAAGAAGUGGCAGAGCGCGCCACGAGUUACCACUGGACCGACCCCUUUCAGCAACAUACCAAAUGCAGCAGCCGUUGCCAUGGCUGCAACACUUACUCAGCAGCAGCAGCCUGCUACAGGGCCACAGCCAUCUCUGGGAGUUAGUUUUGGAACGCCAUUCGGCUCAGGUAUUGGCACUGGCUUGCAAUCAAGUGGCUUAGGUUCUUCAAGCCUUGGAGGAUUUGGAAGUAGCUCUGCCUUUGGAAGUAGUGCCACAGGAGCAUCGUCAUUUGGGUUUGGAACUACAACUAAACCAUCAGGAAGUCUAAGUGCAGGCUUUGGCAGCUCGACUACAUCUGGGUUUAACUUCAGCAAUCCCGGCAUCACAGCAUCAGCUGGCCUGACCUUCGGGGUUUCUAAUCCUGCAUCUGCAGGCUUUGGGACAGGAGGGCAACUUCUUCAGCUGAAGAAACCUCCAGCUGGAAACAAGCGAGGGAAGAGAUAGGCACCCCUUUAAGGGAAGGGGAAGUGAAUCAACUUUGUUCAUCUGAAAAGUCUAUUUUUCUAGAUUGAUGCAUUAAUUAAAUUGCAUCCCGGGAGAUUUAUAAAAAAUUUUGCUACUUUUCCCUAGUCUGAAAUACAAAAUGAAAUCAUAUUGAACAGCUAUUUUCUUGUGAAUAGAAACCUGUUAUGUAUUUUUAUUUUUGGCCCUAGUUUUAGAAAUGUUCUAUACUGCAUUAUUAUUAAAGAAUCCUGUAAAACCACCUAUUUAACCUAAUGUUAGUAGCAGAAUAUUUUUUGUUAAUAAGCUUUAUACCAUAUGAAUAUAUGCAUAUUUGUUUUUUGUACAGAUAAAAUAUAUUCUAGUACAAAUACUAGAGUUCAUAUCUUCUGUUCCUGGAUAUGGCCUUUAAAUCUACUUCAGGGUGUUUUUGUGUAUAUGGAUGUAAAUAUAUACAGUACAGUGCACACAUCUGUGUGUAUGUAUGUGUAUAUAUGUAUAAAAUACAGAUGUGCAAACCUUGUCCCAUAGACAGGUCUCCUUUUCUUUGUGUGUGCUGUUUCUCCACUUGGCCCUGUGAUCCCCUAUCUUGCUGUUCCUAAGAGUUUCAAACAGUGGGUCCCAGGCUAUGUCAUCAUUGCUUCUUGUGUUUUAUGGUUUAAGACCAGGUAAAAUACAAUGUUUACUAUUUCAUUAAGUUUGGUAAAUAGUGGUUACUAGCUGGAUUUUUUUAAACAUUUUCUUGACCCAUUUAGCAGCCAACUCUAAAGAAGAAUCUGAGAUUUUGCCACAGAUGUUUCAUAGGUGAUGUUCCCAAACUGUUUGGUUUUGUUUUUUCUCCUGAGCUGAACGGUAGGGCGUUGCAGGAUUUCUGAAAGCUCAGGACGCCACAAGGUCUGUGUACAAGCAGAUUGUUGUGGGGCUGGAUGAGCUUUUCCCUGCAGUUGGGAGAGAUACAGGAUAUGCUACUCUGAUGAAAACAUGAAUUAGCUGUUAUGGGAUGGAGUUGAUUCACUAGCUUCUCAUCAGCACUACUAGCAUUGACUUAAAAGCUUUCAAUACGAGGUAGAGAACAGUAAUUUGCUGCUACAGAAUGGAGGAGGAAAAUGAUGUCAUUUAAAGGUUAAAGCUGUUGCAACAGUAGUUUAUGAAUCUGGCACAUUACACCAUCAUAGCUUGUUGUGCUGCAUCUCCAAUUUGGUGUGCACUAGAAAUAGCUGGGAAAACAUCUUAAGGAGGAAAUACUAGAACAAGUGAAGCUUUGCGAAUAAAGGUACUGGUUGAAGUGUGAACAUGGAACUUUGGAACCGAGUUGCUUUUUAUGUAGAUGUUUUGUCAUUGGCUUUCUAUCGUUAAAGUGUUACUACCAUUUUGUAUGUUUUGGAAAUUAUGUCUACAUUCAGCAGUGAUUGCUCUUUGACAAAUGUUCAGUUUGUCACUUGAUCUGAUAAAAUUAAGGGAAACUGAGCACAGAAUUCCUCACUUUUGUACUUGUAUGUUAUUGAAUCUUUGUGAACAGUCUCUUAGGAAGGGAUAUAAUGUGUUUUUUUUAAUGUCUCGGAAAAAUAAAGCUGACAGUUUAUUUUUAUUUCAACCUUUUUUUAAACUUUUACUGGGCUGCAGUCAAAACCGUAAUGUUUGUAUUCCUUUGUUAUUGCUUUUUUUAAUAGUUAAUGUGUUAAACCACUGGACUCUCUUGUAAUGUAUUAAUUUGUGAAACUAAUUCUCAAUGUGUACUGUUUGUCCAUAUGUGCAACUUACCAUUGUGCAAACAAUAAAACAAUAAUGCUGUGAUCCUUGUAAUACA